AGCAAGUGGAGUGAGUACUAAUCACAAACAUGUUGAAUAUAGUGAAUGGGUAAGACGACAUUAGGCUCAAGAAUCAGCAGCAGUUUUGAGUCACUAAUGCCAAAGACGAGUCCUACGCUGUUUUCAUACCGCAAAAUGGCGUCCAACCUCGUGUGUAAGAUUCACCCUGUGGUAUAUUUCAGCAUUAUUGAUUCGUAUGAAAGAAGAAAUGAAGACUCAAAACGAGUUAUAGGGACAUUGCUAGGGGUAUAUGACAAGGGUGUUGUUGAAGUGACUAACUGUUUUGCUGUUCCACAUAAUGAAUCAGAGGAUGAGGUUGCUGUGGACAUUGACUAUGCAAGGAGCAUGUAUGAACUUCACAGGAAAGUCAAUUCUUCAGAGACAAUUGUUGGUUGGUAUUCAACAGGCUUGGAGGUGUCAGUGCAUUCAGUUCUAAUUCAUGAAUAUUAUUCACGCGAGGCCAGGAGUCCCAUUCACUUGACUGUGGAUACAUUUAUGCGUGGUGGGAAGAUGGGGAUGAAAGCCUACAUUAGCACAACAAUAGGAGUGCCAGGGAAGACCACAGGAACCAUGUUUACGCCUGUGCAAGUGGAAACAACAAGCUAUGAUCCAGAGCAGACAGGAUUGGAGGUACUUCAGCAGGGCAAGUUCAACCCUAAGCGCACUGUGACUGUGAAGUCUGACCUCAUACAGAUCGAGACAGCAACCUCAUGGAUACGCACCAUGCUUCAGCAAGUCACAGAAUAUGUGGAUAAUGUGUUGUCUGGAAAAGUGCCUGCUGAUAAUGCAACUGGGCGCUUUCUUCUGGACCUUGUGACCAAGGUGCCACAGAUUGAUCCAGAGGAGUUUGAAAAAAUGCUGAAUUCAAACAUGAAGGACCUUUUGAUGGUGGUGUAUUUGUCAAACCUGACCCGAACACAACUGAUCCUGAACGAAAAAAUUAACUCUCUUCAAAGUUAGAUGCAUAUAAACUGUAGUCAUUUUGGACAGUGUUACUUGUCCUGUGCAAAGACUGUUUCUGGCAUCAGUAUCUUAACAUUAAAAUAUGUCCUCUGUUUUACA